UCACUUCUCUCUAUCUCUCUCUCCAUCUCUCUAGUAUAUGUACUGGACUAUGAAGCAGCAGUUAGCCCAUCACACAGUCAAUGGCUGUAACGUCAGACCUGGAGACCUGCUGGCCUCAGGAACCAUCAGUGGACCGGAGCCAGACAGUUUUGGUUCUAUGUUGGAGUUGUCAUGGAAGGGUUCUAAGACCGUGGACUUGGGAGGAGGAGAGACAAGAACCUUCCUAAAGGAUGGAGACGAGGUCACUCUUACAGGUUACUGUGAGGGGAGUGGGUAUAGGGUUGGUUUCGGACCGUGUGUGGGGACCAUUCUACCAGCCCUGUAACCCUGAGAAUCAUCCACCCUCAAUGUCUCUUCCAUCCGGUGGGGGAGAGGCUGUAAAGUUACCCUUUCCCAACAUUGUUACUGAAGUCCUUUAAAGGGACGAUCUGGGAUUUUAAAAACAACAAAGCAGUCGGAUGGAUGUACGUACCAAUCCAGGAUUGACCCUUUAAAUGUUCAUUUUUAAUGAAGGAUUCUUGUUUACCAUUCCAAAGUAUUGUUGCCAGAAACAGUGUUAUAUUCCAUAAUGUUGUAACUAUGUGGUUUGGGACCUGACAUGUAAAAGAAACGGAUGAAUCUUUUAA